UUUUUUUUUUCGGUUUUUACAAAUCUAAACCACGGUUAGCUUUUGCAAUUCAGGCAGGCUGGGUCCAGGUAUAGGACAACUCAGCUCCAUCUUCUAACUUGACCCAGACAAUCCUAGCUUGGCUAGAGCAGUAAAGAGUCCAGCAUUUUAUUGUGCCAAUAGAAUCUCAAACGGUAACUUAACUAAAAAAUGAGUAGAAAAGGGUCAGGCCUGGUGCCAAUGGAAGACCGGAGAAAUAGGCUGUUUGAUUUUAUUUCAUAAACUCUGGGGCGUUGGUGUUGGGUGGGGGUGGGGAGUGGAAUAUGCUUUUGAAUGGGUUGAGUUGUUAAAUAAAAUUUUGUUCAUCAAAAUAAUUGCAAAUAUUUUUCGUAAGAAUUUUGGCAAAUAUUUUCGAAAAAUGAAUAACCAGCGCCGGCUGCCUACGUCAGAGAAUCCUAUGUUGUGGUGAGGAUUGAGGAUUUGAGGACUAGAGGAGCACAUGCAGAGGGUGGUGUACUUGUCUGCAUGCUGCUCCACGUGGAUAGUUCGCUGCACAUGCCCCAUUUGUCACUCCUCAACAGACCACAAACUCAUCACACCCAUGGCUUCCAGACUCCUCCAAACCCUCAAAACUACCAGUCCCACCUGCCGCCUCCUCAGCCACCUUUCUACGGCUACAGCGGCGGUGGCGGCGAAGGAAUCGUACGAGGAUGCAGAUGGGAUUAGCAUGAAAGGGGUUAAAAUUUCUGGAAGGCCGCUUUACCUUGAUGUGCAGGCAACAUCUCCUGUGGACCCUAGGGUUCUCGAUGCUAUGCUUCCCUACUACCUCUCCAGCUUUGGGAAUCCUCAUUCCCGGACUCAUCUCUACGGCUGGGAAUCGGAACUCGCUGUCGAGAAGGCAAGGGCACAGGUGGCGGCGCUAAUCAACGCCUCUCCUAAGGAGAUUGUCUUCACCUCCGGCGCCACUGAAUCCAACAACAUUUCCGUCAAGGGCGUCAUGCACUUCUACAAGGACAAGAAGCGCCACGUCAUCACUACGCAAACGGAGCACAAGUGUGUUCUUGACUCCUGCCGCCAUUUACAGCAGGAAGGUUUCGAGGUUACGUACCUUCCGGUAGGGUCUGAUGGGAUUGUUGAUAUUGAUCAAAUUCGGUCCGCGAUUAGGCCCGAUACAGGGCUCGUGUCGGUGAUGGCGGUGAAUAAUGAGAUUGGCGUGAUUCAGCCGAUUGAAGAAAUAGGGAAGAUGUGUAAAGAGUUGGGUGUUCCUUUUCAUACUGAUGCGGCUCAGGCUUUGGGCAAAAUUCCGAUUGACGUGGAGAAGAUGAAUGUGAGUUUGAUGUCUUUGAGUGGGCACAAGAUUUAUGGGCCCAAGGGAGUUGGGGCCUUGUAUAUGCGGCGUAGGCCAAGGAUUAGGGUUGAGCCGCAGAUGAAUGGUGGUGGGCAAGAAAGGGGAAUUCGCAGUGGGACAGUCCCAACUCCGCUGGUUGUGGGAAUGGGCGCAGCAUGUGAGCUGGCAAUGAAAGAAAUGGAGUAUGACGAUGAGCGAAUCACUGCUUUGCAAAAAAGGCUGCUUAACGGGAUCAACGCAAAACUUGAUGGUGUGGUGGUAAAUGGGAGUAGGGAGAGGAGGUAUGCUGGGAAUUUGAAUUUGUCUUUUGCUUACGUUGAAGGGGAGAGUUUGCUAAUGGGGUUGAAGGAAGUGGCAGUUUCCAGUGGGAGUGCAUGCACAAGUGCAAGUUUGGAGCCCUCAUAUGUUCUAAGGGCGUUGGGGGUGGAUGAGGAUAUGGCUCAUACCUCUAUUAGGUUUGGGAUUGGGAGGUUUACCACAGACGCUGAAAUUGAUAGGGCUGUGGAACUCACGGUGCAGCAGGUGGAGAAAUUGAGAGAAAUGAGCCCACUCUAUGAAAUGGUGAAGGAAGGAAUUGAUAUUAAAAGUAUACAAUGGGCACAACACUGAGAUGAAAUGUUGCAUUGAGCAUGUUGGCAGUGUUGCAUUUGGAAUGCAUGACAAACGAAAACAAGCAUGUGAAAUAAACUAUUCAUCUGUAUGGAGUAUCAAUGAUGUUUCACCCAGUCAGAACUAUGGUUACAGUAUCAUAGAAUCUAAAGGUCUUAAUAUAGUGAAGACUUGGAUGCUUUAAAUCAAACAAGGAGCAGAAAUGAUGGAGUAGUGAAAAUUGAUUGAUGGGUGAUAACUGCACAACCAUUUUUGUUAUCUUGGAUCUUGAUUAUCAGUAAGGACGAUGAGAUUGGAAGGGAAGCUGCCCUGCUGUCCUAUUUUCUAGUUCACUGCAAUGGAGUUGAGAGAAACAUAUCCUUACCUGUUUGCCUUUGAGAAACAAUUCCACAUUAUGCUGAUGAACUGUGAGAUUGGCUAUAUGUUUCUGCAAUGUAUAUGUCACUUCCAUUCCCUGUCCGUGUAUUUGGUGCAUGUGCAUAGUACCUAAUCUUUACAUGCUUCCAUUGUUCCAAUGCAGUGAUUUACCUUUGCUUAACCUUUGUAUCAAUAAUGAUUAAUCAUUCACCAUGGUUCAACUUUCAGACUCAUCCUGCCCAGUCUUGUUUCAUGUCUUCUGUUGAUCUCCAUACCCAUUACUCAUAUCGGUGUGUCCUUUCACCAUAAUUAUUAUUAUUAUUAUUGGUCCUAAGCAUAUGGUCUUAAAUAAUUUAUUCAUCUGAAUGCUCUCUUUACCUCCUCGGACAAUGCUACCAGAAGCCAUAGCAAUGGUCAUGCCACCAAGGGAUGUUUCAAAAAAGCAUGGCAUUUUCCGCCUGACAACCCCAGGUGGCAUGUCGAUCAUAGGACACUGCGACCAACGUGGCUUUCAUCCACAUCAUCCUCCUUCAGAUGGUGUUUGAGAUAUGAUCCACCUGUCCAAGUGCAUGUUCAAAUCAGUUUUUUUCUCUGGUUAGUACUAGUGUUCCAAAGACUAAAGGAACUGCCAUUGCUGGAACUGCAGCCUGCUUGCUCCUGGAAAUAAUUGGUACUUUGUGUUGCUUGUGUACAUGAAGCUUGUUUUUGUUUGGUUUUUACAAAUCUAAAGUGGGCUUUUGUAGUUCAGGCAGGUUAGGUCCAGGUAUAUAGGACAACUCAGCUCCAUCUUCUAACUUGAUCCAGACAAUCCCAGCUAGGCCAGAGCAAUAAAUUACCCAGCACUUUGUUAUUGGAAUCUGAAACUGUCUGUAACUUGGAAUUUUUACAAAUAAAUAAAUUUGUUAAAGGAAAAACUAAAAAA